CCUCAUUGAAACGGUCUAUAGUAAAUCCAUGUUAACAUGAACAGUACACACAUAAACCACACCCCCACUACGCAACACAGACUGAACAGAAAACAGGACUCAAAUACAAACACUAACAAGGGGAUGAAAAACAGUCAAAGAGCAGGAGGAGAAGCUCAGGUCCUCCCUGAGUUCAUCUGCAGUUUGUUUACUUCAGCCUGCACUGCAUCUAAACAGACACAAUGAGUUGUCCAUCAUCUGGUCAGCAGGGUAACGGUAUAUGGCCUUGUCAAGGCACUCAACAACCAGGAGCUCCAGUGUGGCCAGGGCAGCCCUGCCAACCUAGUUGGCCAUCUCAGCCCAGUCAGCCUAACUGGCCUGCCCAGCCCAACCAGCCAAACUGGCCCACUCAGCCCAACUGGCCCACUCAGCCCAACCAGCCUAAUUGGCCAGGAAUGCAGCCAUGUGGAGGAAAUUGGCCACCAAACCAGACAGCCAUACCCAGCCAACCGGCCUGGCCUGUUCCUCCAACAACUCAACCCAGCCAACCAAGUCAACCCACUCAACCCAGUCUACCAGUUCCCCCAAUCCAACCUACUCAGCCAAGCCAGCCAACUCCACCAACUCAACCAACUCAACCAAUUCAACCAACUCCCCCAGUUCAGCCCACCUGGCCUGCACAGCUUCCCACACCCACAGGUUACCUUCCCACACCAACACAUCCAGGGUGGUCCGGAAACCCCGGGCAGUCAGGAUGGCCUGGUCAAGGCGCCACUGGAACCCAGACACGUCCAUGGCCACCAGCUCCAGCCACAGGCCCAGUGUCAGUGCCCUUCAACAUGAACUUCCCCAGAGGAAUCUACGACAAGCUGAUGCUCACAAUAAGAGGGCAGAUUAAGUCUGAUGCCAAAAUGUUUACUAUAAAUUUCCUGCGAGGCAAUGACAUCGCCUUGCACAUCAACCCACGCUUUAAUGACGGAGGAAAGCAGGUCUUGGUCCGCAACCACAAGCUGGGGGAAAAAUGGGGGGCAGAAGAGAGGAACCUCCUGGGACCCUUUCCAUUUCUUCCAGGACAUCAUUUUGAGAUGAAGAUCCUCUGCACAAUCAAUGAAUUCAAGGUGGCGAUCAAUAGCACGCCCAUGUUUGAAUUCAAGCAUCGCAUCAAAGAGGUUAACCAAAUCGACCGUAUCAACAUCCUGCACGACGUCACUCUCACUUCAGUCAACGUGGACACUCUGCCCUGAGCCGAUCAUACCUCUUGCCUGAUCAGCCACACAGCCUACGUCCUCUGCACUGGACUGCAGGACAACAGUCCAAACGCUUCAUCACUCAAAUCACCCACCUCUUCAGUUAACCACUCUUCCGAGAAUAAACAAGCCUUCCACAGUCAACAAAAUUAUUUGCUAUGGAAUAGCUCAAAUACUGCAUAUUUCAGUGCUUAUGAUAGUAAUGCUCUCCCUAUUUCAACUCAACAUUGCUCUGCACUCUGAUAAAUAAAGGUGCUUCAGAAGGUUCAUUUUUUGAGAUGCCACAGAAGACAACAUUUCUUUACCUAUUUAAACAUUCAUAAAUACUGUAUGAUAUUACAGAGUGUUUAAAAACUCCAGCAGCAUUGCUGUGUCUGAUACCCUAUGACCAGCACGAUUGGCGUAAAUAACAAUAUUUUGCAUGGCAUAUUUAGCAGUCCUAGGUUCUUCUAUGGCAUCUCAAAAACUACAUAUACAGCUCCAGAAAAAAAUUAAAAGACCACUUCAGUUUCUGAAUCAGUUUCUCUGAUUUAGCUAUUUCUAGGUUUAUGUUUGAGUAAAAUAAACAUUGUGGUUCUAGUGUAUAAACUAUUGACACCAUUUCUCCCAAAUUCCACAUAAAAAUA